AUGGCUACCCCUACCGUCCUUACCUUUGAUGCUGAGGGUCGAGAAGUAGAUUUUGAGGUCUGGGUCGAUGAUUUACAACUUUUCCUCCAGUGCGAUUCUAAGGACGGUGUCCCACUGUUUGACCUUGCGUCUGGCGCCUCCGCUGCACCUGCUGUUGAUGCUGACAGUAGUGUUCACUCGCAGUGGCUCACGCGCGAUGCUGCUGCCUGUCUUGCCACUCGCAGUCACUUGCCGUCUGCUGAGCGCGCGCACUUUCACCAGUACAAGUCCGCUCAGGCUCUGUACGACGCUGUUGUUGCGCGCUACUCCUCCCCUGCCACUGCUGCUCUUAGCUCCCUGAUGUUACCAUACCUGUUCCCUGACCUUGCCGCUUUUGCCACUAUCGCUGACCUCAUUACGCACCUCCACAACAGUGACGCCCGCUACCGCGCUGCGCUUCCUGCUAAGUUCUGCGCUGCGAACCCCCCCCCCCCUAUGUACAUCACUCUCUACUUCCUAGUCACCCGGCUCCCUAACUCCCUUCGCACGGUUAGGGACCACUUCCUCUCCCUUUGCCCCACCACACUGACUGUUGACCUCCUUGAGGAGCGCCUCCUGGCAGCAGAGAAGAGCAUCGUAGCUGUAGGAGCCUCUCGUGGUGACCCUCGUGCCCCUUUCUUUGAGGGGUGCUCCCCAGUCCCUCUUUUGCCCUCUGUUGCCUCCGCUGCUGCUGUCGACCUCGUUGGCACCGAGUCGGUCGGCGCUGUGUCUGCCCCUAGUGGGAGACGCCGCAGGGGUGCUGGAGGGGAUGGCGGGGGCGGUGGUGGUGGCGUUGGAGGCAACGGAGGGGGUGGGAGUGGAGGUGGGGGUGGUGGAGGUGGGGGUGGUGGUGGCAGUGGCGGUGGGGGUGGAGGCGGUGGCGGCGGCGGCACUGGGAGCGGUGGCGACAGUGGUGCUGGUCGGGGUGGAGCUGUGCAGCAAGGAGGCGCUGGUGGGAGUCAGCGCCACCAGCAGAAGCGCACGCGUGAGACCCUGUCGCCCCAGCAGCAUUGUGAGUGGUACGUUGGGCGUGGGAGGACAGGGGGUGCUGGUCCGUGUACCUACGUUCUUCGCACCGGUGCGCGCAGUGGGGAGACGUGCGGAGGGCCGCACACCGUGCACCGCUGUUUCGGCCGCCUGUCUGACGCCUGGCGUGCACAGUUUCCUGACGCCAUGGAACUUCCUCGUUGGGGUGAUCUGUUUAGGUCGGGGGUUCCCAUCUUUGAUCUUGACUAUGAUGCUAUCCUUGCUGCUAUGUAUGCUGUGACUAUUAGUGCUGAGGGUGACUGUUACCUAUGUGUUCCGCACGACCCGAGCAUUGGGACUGCUGCUCUAGGUGCUCGUGAGUCUGCUGCUCCAGGUGCUAGUGAGUCUGCUGCUUCAAGUGCUUUUAUGCUGCUCCAGGUGCUAGUGAGUCUGCUCUCUCAGGUUCUGCAUCGGCUUAGGUCGGCCAGUGGGAGUCUCCUUGCACACUCCUCCACGGUUCUGUCGUAUCCGGCGGUCCCGUUUGGCUCCCUGUCAGGUCUCCACCUCCCCUCGUUCUCCACGAACUUGGUGAGUGGAGCUGACCUGCAGGACGUGUGGGUUGACCAGUUCACUCCUGGAGGCCAGCGGGUGACCCACUGUACGUGUACUCGGACGGGCCGGCACCUGGCCACGUUUACCCGUCAGCCUGAGUCGAGCCUGUACACCCUAACUACCGUGUCUCCUCCAGCUGCUGAGUCUGGUCAGGUAGCGGCGUCUGGUCAGGUGUUCGAUGCAGCGUCGUGGUCUGGCCCCGCCGCCCUUAUCUGCGGCCCCGCCGCCCUCACCUGCGGCCCCGCCGCCCUUCUCUGCGGCCCCGCCGCCCUUAUCUGCGGCCCCGCCGCCCUUACCUGCGGCCCCGCCGCCGUCUCCUAUCGGCCCCGUCGCCACCACUACGGCGCAGGCGCCGUCGCCUGCUGCAACGCCGCCCACCACCGCGCCGCCCUGCAGCCGAGCCUCCCUGAAGCCGAGCCUCCCUGCAGCCGAGCCGCCGUGCAGCCGAGCCGCCCAUCUACUGCUGUCAUGGCUACCCCUGGUGUCCUCGCUUUUGACGAUGAGGGUCGGGCCAUUGACUUUGACGUCUGGAUAGAUGACCUGCAGCUUUUCUUACAGUGCGAUAGGGCAGACGGUCUUUCCCUCUUUGACCUUACCUCUGGUGCCUCUCCUGCCCCUGCUGCUGAUGCUGACGCCACUGUUCGCUCCCAGUGGGCCACGCGCGAUGCUGCUGCACGUCUUGCUGUGCGUCGCCACCUCCCUACCUCUGAGCGUGCGCACUUUAGUCAGUACAAGAGUGCUCAGACCUUGUACGACGCUGUAGUUGCGCGCUACUCCUCCCCUGCCACUGCUGCACUGAGCCGCCUCAUGCUACCGUACCUCUUCCCUGACCUUGCUGCCUUUCCCACAGUCGCUGACCUCAUUACGCACCUCCGCACUAGUGAUACUCGCUACCGCGCUGCGCUUCCUGCUGAAUUCUUCAGGGACCACUUCCUCGCAGUGUGCCCCACCACUCUCACCGUUGACCUCCUCGAGAAGGCCCUCCUAGCAGCGGAGAAGGGCAUAGUCGUUGUAGGAGCCUCUCGUGGUGACCCCCGCACCCCUGUCUUUGAGGGGUGUUCUCCCUCCCCCCUCCUGCCCUUUGUUGCUUCUGCUGCUGCGGCCGAACUCGUUGGUUUAGAGUCGGUCGGUGCUGCGUCUGCCCCUUCGGCAGUGGAGGCGGAGGCGGAGGCAGUGGUGGCGGAGGGAGCGGAGGCAGCGGAGGUGGCGGAGGCGGCGGAGGUGGCGGAGGUGGCGGAGGUGGCGGAGGCGGCAGAGGUGGCGGUGGAGCAGGUCGCGGUUCUGCGCAGAGGAGUGGCUCCGGUGGUGGUCCGCGCCAGCAGCAGCAGCGCGGUCGUGAGACCUUGUCCCCUCAGCAGCUCCGUGAGUGGUACACUGCACGCCAGCAUAGUGGAGGUUUUGGUCCGUGCACCUAAGUCCUACGGGGCGGGAGUUGCCAUCUUUGAUCUUGACUUUGAUGCUAUUCUUUCUGCCAUGUAUGCUGUGACUAUUAGUGAUGAGGGUGACUGUUACCGGUGUUUCCCGCCCGAUCCGGGCAUUGCGACUGCUGCUCCAGGUACUGGUGAGGUUGCUGCCCUAGGUGCUUACGAGGCUGCUGCUCUAGGUGCUAGUGCGUCUGCGUCCUCAGGUACUGGUGAGUCUGCUCUCUCAGGUACUGCGUCGGCUUCGGCCUCCCUCACCUUCACCCUUGACUCUGGGGCUUCUCGCUCCUUCUUUCGAGACCGCACCACACUCACGCCGCUUAGUCGACCGGUUGCGGUGUCUCUGGCUGACCCCUCUGGGGGUCCUGUCCUGUCUCACUUCUCCACUGUCCUCCCUUGUCCGGCGGCUCCCUCUGGCACCCUGUCUGGUCUUUACCUCCCCUCGUUCUCUACGAACUUGGUGAGUGGUGCUGACCUACAGGAUGGGGGAGUGCACCAGUUCACUCCUGCGAGUCAGCGGGUGACACACUGCACUGAGGCUCAGACAGGCCGACACUUGGCUACGUUUACACUUCAGCCGGGGUCGAGCCUGUACACACUGACCACUGCGUCUCCUCCAGUCGCUGAGUCUGGUCGGGUAGCUGCGUCGGGUAAGGUGUUUGCUACAGCGUCCAGGUAG